AUGGCUAUCAUUAGCAGUGUCUCCCAUCAUGGUGAAGUCUGGCAUUCGUAUCUGUACGCGGCAGUGAUACGAUGCCAAUGGCAUGUCUCACUCUUUACUGCUACCUUGCGACGUAAUAUUCAAGAAGAAAACGGCCUCUCGUACGCUACGCGUUCAUGGUCUCGUCUUCCACUCUACAAACAACAGCGCCACGUCAAUGAACUUUUCAAUUCUACUUCAACGAUUUGUUCGUAUCAAAUCAUAGCUAUUGGUACCCUGGGACUGUUGGAGUUGCGACGGAUUCUCAACGUAUUAGUCAAGGACUGUGAUCGACGUACAGCCUAUAUUGUUCUCGUACAAAUGCAUGACGCUGCUACUGCGUUACGUAGUAUCGAAAAGGUCGUCAACAAAUUUUCAUCACAAUUAAGCCGGAGACGCAUCGAAGUUCGUCUCUUAGCAUUGGCCUUUCAUGUAAAAGAAUAUGCGGAACGGUAUCAGAAAUUACCUUUACGUGUUGAUGUUUGGGUGCCGAUCUUUCCACUUGACUUACCUGUUCAUGAUGAAAAUGACGAACAUCACAAAUACUUCGACUUUGUCAUUCAAGGUCAAGUAGACACUCAAAGACGCAAUUAUUCAGGUUUCUUUACCCAGGUUCAACGACAAUCCAAGGCACUUGAUCGACAUAGAAUAACUUUUAGCAUUGUAGGACGUUCGAGUGACUGUAAAAACUUCCGUUAUGUUCGAUCACCACAAAUUCGCGUUUUUAUCGGGCCUCAAUACAUGCCUGCAAACCUUUUCUUUGGUCUAAUUCAUCAAGCGGUCGGCAUUAUUCCACUUUUUAGAGGAGAUACCUAUUACAAAAGCAAGCAAUCUUCAUCUAUCAGGACGUCGGUUCUCACGCGAACUCCAUUACUAGCAUCACAGCGAUUGCUGAAAACACACAAAUAUAUUCCUAAAGAAGCUGUAUGGUUCAAACAAGAUAACGAAACCGAUCUUGGUGCUGUUUUACGAAUAAUCACCAGUUAUCCAUCAGACGUUGCAUUCAGAAAGGCACUGUUCAUGAGACGACAAGAACUUGAUCGACUGGCUGAAGAGUGGUAUAUAAAUAACGAGCGUACUCUACGCGAGUACGCCAGAUUGCUCGAACAAAGUACGAAACAAUAA